AAGUUCUAGAAGGAUUCAUCGCUCAGCGUUUAGACAACAUUCAAAAAAAAGCUCAAUUUACUUACAAAAAAAAUCAAAAAGAACUAAUCAAUUUGGAAACUCGCCGCUUCAUUAUCGACAACUAUCGAGAAAUUGCUGAAAUUGCUCGUAACUCUUCUUCUGAUGAAGAAAGAGAAGAAAAAUUAAAGAGCCGUUUUAGUGUCGAAUUAAAAGCUCUACAAGAGAAAAUAGAAACUAUUCAGGAAAAAUCCCUUGGCUCACCUGAAAAAACUAUCAACUCAGAAAAAGAUGCUAUCAAUCGAAUUUUAGACACCCCGGCUAGUUUUCGUCAGUUUACUCCCGAACGAAGAGAAAAAUUACAAAAUGAUGUUGAAAAACUACAAAAGGACAAUGAAGAGCAGCAACUAGUAAUUAAUCAGUUAGAAAAAAGAAAAGAGAUAUUGAUACAAGAACUACAAGAACUAAAAAAUAAUUACUCACAUGAUAAAAGACGAACGGAGAAAACUAUUGAAAAAUGUUCUCUUCACCAAAAUCAGUUAGUUGAGCAUAAGGCUAUUUCUCACGCUUGUGGCAUUAGUUGUCCGCAAUUACGAGAACUCCAAAAAGCAAUUAGAGAGUGUAAUAAUUGUCAAGAAAGGGAUCUUGAACCCGAACCAACUGAAGAUGUAGAAAUUAUUAUUAAACGAGAGGAUAAAAAUGGAAGAAGUGAAUUGAAAAAGCACAAAGAAAGCCAUCCAUGUGGAAUAACAUGUGAAAAAGCCAGACAAAUUCAAAAAGAAAUCAAAGAAUGCGACACUUGUCAAAACUCCGAACUAUUUAUUAAACAAAUUAGAAAACAAAUAAAAUGUAAACAAGUAGUAGAUUUAUUAAAGAUUAAAAAAGAAGAAAAUAAGGAAAAUCUUCUCUUGUUUUUAAUUAAGAAAGAUAAUAAUUGUGAGAAAAAGGUUUUAACUGCAACCAAGACUCAAAUUAGUUCCGAUAGUAAAUUAAAAAAGACAAUUUAUUGUAAAAAGCAUUGGUUAGAACUAGAAAGGUUGGAAAAACAUAAAACCAAAGCCGAAAAAGAGGUGCGCGAAGAAAAAGAAAUAAUGGAAGAAAGAAUAAUAAAAUCUACUCUGUCGCACGAAAGCAAAACCGAAAUAUUGAAAGAUCUCAAAAUAAUCAGUGGGUCAAAGAAUAAAGAAAUAAUGAAAAAAAUUGCUAACUCGCCAGUUGAUUUGACCAUCAGUGAAGUGGCGGUUCAAGAGCAAAUUCAAGACCUCAAACAAAAAGGAACUAAUUAUCAGAAAAAAUCAGUCGCAUACAAAACCCAACACGAGAAAAUAGCAACUUUUAAAAAGAACAAA